CAGUGUCAAGGUUUAGUAAAAGAUGGUGAGAAAUGUCAGUUUGAUACAUACACCAGGUACCUUUUUUUACUUAAUGGUGUGUUUAGGUGUCUAGUAGUCCAGUGUUCUCAUUGGUUUCAUGGUGAGCUGUUCAUUUAAAUUCUUUAAACCAGUGGUUCCCAACCUUUUUCCUUAAGGGACCCCUUUUCUAUCAUUUAGUAAACUGAUGAUCCCUGACUAAGUGACAUAUUUCAUUUUAUAUUCAGAACUGUACAAUUAACCCAAAUAGUGAAUUCUGUAAGAGAAGUUUUCUGUAAAACAAGUGAUUUGGAUGAAUUUUGAGCAGAUUAUUUCCUGUUUAGGGAAUCUUUUAUACAAUUCUUUGUCUGAAUUAUGUAUUUUUACCAUCUUUAACAGCAUCUAUAAUCUUUUAUCAUCUUAAUACAUACUUACAGACUUAAUAGGCUUCUUUUUUUGGAUAAAUUCAGUGUUUUUUUUGUCCCUGAUGCUUGUUAUAUUAGACAAUUUACUGAACCGUUUACUUUUCUUCACAGAAGUAAACCAAAUGCUGAGAUAUAGGCCUACUGUAUAGGUUUUUCAAAAUAUUUCUUACACCCAGGUUGGGAACCUCUGCUUUAAUCCACUGUUUCUAAAUCAUUUUAGACCGAGAAAACACCCAGAAAACAUUGGGCCAUUUAAGUCCCACCAUUAUGACGAUACAGUAGUGAAGGCCGACCCUAAUCAGUGGUCAGCUGUGCCUCAGAGGUAAUCAGAGGUCAGCUGAUCAAAAGGUUUGGCUCUUCGAUCCCCGGCUCCUCCGGCUGCAUGUCAAAGUGUCCUUGAACGAGAUACUGAACCCCAAAUUGCUCCAGAUGCUGUGCAUCACUGUUUAUCACUGUUUGAAUGUGAAUGAAUGAUUGAAUGUGGCAUGUAAUGUAAAAGCACUUUGAGUGGUCAGAAGACUAGAAUGGUGCUAUACAAGUACAGGUCCAUUUACCAUUUAGUUACAGUCCGGACACACAGGAGGCAGGUUAAAUAACUAAUAACAUUAUUUACUGUUGACUGUUAUUGAAUCUUAAACAGAACAGAGCUAAUUUGGUGGAAAAGGGUUACUCCUGGUCCACAUUUCUCCUCCCAAUAGUUCCCAUUUGGAGCCACAAUUGCAGUGGUUUUAAAACAUUAAUUUUACCUUUGCUUACUAUCUUGCCAUCUCAUUUAAGCUUGUAACUAAUGAUGGUGAAUGUGUGUGCUGCAUUCAUGUACGUGACUCCAUAGCAGGCUGAUAUCGAAAACUAAAUAUUACAGGAAAUGCAAAACGUUUCAGUGAUCUCAAAAGUAUUUUUUUUUUUUUUUUGUAUUUUGAUUUGUUUUUUAACAAGGCAGCUCGUGUACCAACGGCGGCACACGUACCAUAGUUUGAGAACCCGUACUUUAAACCUUUUCAAAUGUGAAAACAGUGAGCCAGUGCAUCAGCUGCAGGCACUUGGUUAACCUUUGCAAAGACUUGUUAUAAUCACAAGUUAGUCAUAAACACUCCAGGUCAUCACACUCCAUUUUGGGUUAUUUUUAUUCCUUCCCCAUUUCUCUUUCCUUCCCUCCCACUGUCGCUGAUUUCCCUUGUGGAAUUGCUUCAUUAAAGCCCCAGAGUUUAAAGCGGUGUAGACAUCAUCAGAGAUGGAGAUGAAGAGGGCAGUCGCCACCUCCACGUGUUCACACACUCUCUAACUCAGUCACAUGGAAGAGCAGAGGGACACACGCGCAGAGAAAACUCUCAUUAACUAAUGAGCUGGAUGUCAGCCACACACACACACACACACACACACACACACACACACUGAUUAUCCCAUCCUGUAAUAGAGUGCCAUCACCCUGCUGUGCUCUAAUCACACAGCUGUAUUCUCUCUCUCUCUUCAUUCAUGAAGUGAAACUAUUUUUGUAGCUGACUCUACUCUUCUGCUCAGCAUGGAGGCGGUGGCUCUUUUCUCUUUCACAGCAUCAGAAGAGGACGAGAUCAGUUUUCAGAAAGGGGACAUUAUCAAGGUGACAGAAAUGGAGGAUGAUUCUUGCUGGUUCACAGCAGAGAUCCGGGGGAAGCGUGGCUACGUGCCAGAGAACUACAUUUCCCUCCUUCCUUAUCCGUGGUUUGCAGGACGGGUGUCAAGACUUGAGGCCGAAAAGCGUUUGCGCUGGCAGGACACUGGAGUGUUCCUGGUGAGGGAGAGUGAAUCAGCUCCUGGAGAGUUUUCUGUCUCGGUUAGCUACGGCGACAGGGUGGAACACUUUCGGGUGCUGGAGGGGGGCGGUCAGUACUGCAUCUGGGACGAGUCGUUUUGUUCCCUAAACCGGUUGGUGGAUUUCUACAGAACUCACAGCAUCGCCGUGGAGAAAGUGGUCUGCCUCAGAGACCCUCCCUCCUCCCCUCGCCUGCUGUCCCAGCCUGGACAUAACCCUUAUCCCAACCCUUAUAAAAGCAGCUCACAGGAAUCUCUCCCCUCAGCCCGCCUCUACUCCCACCUCUCUCACCCAGAAAGGGAGUCCUCCCCACGUCUGCGUGAACCAGUUGUGGGGAAACCUCGUCUGGCUCACGCCCUCUGUGACUACACCCCCCCUCAGAACGCCCACCUCCACUUCCUGCGUGGUGACGUCAUCGACCUGCUGGACUGCUCGAGCUCGCUGACCUGGAGGGGGCGCUGUCGAGGCCGAGUGGGAAUCUUUCCGCCGGAGUACGUCCAGCCGCUGUACCACUGACACCAUAUCAAAGGGAACACCAUCAGUAUCAUGGCUGUAUCACUGACUCUCAGGCUGUAGUGACUUACCUCAUUUAUCCAAUGAUUCAUCUAAGGAUUCAAUUAUUAGUCCAAUAAUCAAUUAGUCCAUCGACUAGAAAAUUCAUUGAUAGCAGUUUUUAUUGAUUUAGAGGCCUCAAAACAUAUUUUCUCAAUCAUCUUUGCGGUCUGAUAUUAUUAUCUGCUAAAGUUGGUACAGUUUUGGUUAUUUCACAUGACAGAUUUCUGUGUUUCUAUUUUUCUCUGUGCUCCUGAAGUGUCCGUGGAUUGACUUCCAAUCAGGAUAUAGCCAUAUUUGAAUCUGAAUCUGAUGAUCAGACCCCACUUACACAGUCCUGAAUUGUUUCUGAGUGUUAAAACUGUAAAUUAUACCUAAAGAGGUUUUUGUAACUUUGAUUAUUGCUUAUUUAAUCACAAGUAAUUAAUGUAACAAUUUUACAUCAAAGUCUAAUUACAGGUAUUGAGGAGUACUAUUGCAUAUGUGAAAAUUGUUUUAUAAAACCUUUUGUGGCUUCAGAGGAGCUGCGUGAAAUUGGAUAAAUUGACUCAAGUGAUGUAAUCUGGAGUGGAGUUAGAAAGAAGUGAGAUAACCAGAACUCAGCAGCCCGCUUCUCAUCUCUACUUGAGGCUAGCGGCACACAGCAACGUUAGAAUAACACACCCAAAUCUUCAACCAGACUGUUGGUGGGGUGAGUUGCAUUGUGGGUAGUGCAGGCGUUGAUAAGGAAGUGGAAUGCGUGGAAUAUAAAAAGAUGAUUUCUCUGAUUCUGCUGCACUGAUUUUUAUCCUCUUUUUUUUUAAACCCUCCAUCGUGAGUCUGACAGUGUUAUCGGAGUGUAGUACUACAUUGGUGCAAUACUGAAACCACGUUUCAGUGGCUUUAAUCAUUUGAAGCAUCAAGUAAAUAUGCCAGAACUUGAGGUUUUUCUACUUCUUACAUGAUUAUUAAUACCUGGGUUUUGGACUUUUGGGCGUCACCUUUCGUUCUUCCAUUUCAGACUAAUCAGUAACUCAAAAAUUGGCAGUUUGUAAUGAAAAUAAUUGCUGCAGCUCUUAAGUGAACCUUUAUAAAUGUCUUAAUGUCCUUCUUUCACCAACUUGUAUUGAAAAUAUUAAUUAAAAGUGAAAUUUAACUUUAUGUUGGUUUUGUUUUACCAUUUGGUCUGUUCCUCUAACCCUCUAAUGUAAGUAAACUGUACAGAAGCAAAUAAAAAGUGAUAUUAUCUGGUUAUAAA